AUGUUCUUCCUCAAGCAGCUCUCGCGUGAUCUGCUACUCCACCCGAUGCACUUUGGACCUAAAUUACACGAUAUUAUUCGUCUACGUCUUAUUGAGGAAGUAGAGGGUACAUCUAUGGGUAAAUAUGGCUACGUCAUCACAGUUACAGAAGUGCGCGACGAGGAUAUUGGCAAGGGCGUGAUUCAGGAUAAUUCGGGCUUUGUGUGUUUCAACAUUCGUUAUCGAGCUAUUCUCUUCCGUCCUUUCAAGAAUCAAGUACUGGAUGCUGUUGUAACAGUAGUGAAUCAGCUUGGUUUCUUUGCGGAUGUGGGCCCGCUCCAAGUCUUUGUGUCCAGACACGCUAUGCCUACGGACCUUAACAACGGCUACGAUCAUGAGAGUAAUGCUUGGAUUUCAGACGAUCGAGAGGUGGAAAUACGCAAGGGAUGUGGUGUACGGCUUAAGAUUAUGGGUGUUAGUGUUGAUGUCACGGAGAUCAACGCUAUUGGGACCAUUAAGGAUGAUUAUCUAGGCCUCAUCUCAUCUGAUAACUGA